UGUUCAUGCAGUUCAUUCAGCAGCUGUUGUCGUAAUCGACAAACCGACUGACCCCAGAGCUGAACCACAAACACGAACGCCCCCAGUUGCCUCUUCCUGCAUCUCCUACACCGCUUCUCUCUGCCUCUGUGUCUGCCUCUGCCAUUCGCAAUCAGACAGAGUCCAGAAUAGCGAGUGCUGUUUACAUGAAACACAAACCCAACAGCAGCAGCAGCAGCAGCCGAGCUAAGCUGCCUCCUCAGUUAGUUGGCAAUUCGAAGUGUUCGCGAGAUGUUUAAUUUGUCGCUGGUAUUUUGCUUGUUGUGGCUUGUGGCAAGUCUUGUUGUGGCCUCUUCUGGGGGCCAGUCAUCGAUACCACGACUAAAUGCCAAAGACUAUCAGCUGGAGUUUUUGCGCGCCAUUGCAGAUCUUGCCGAACAGCGCGCCGAAUUAAGUCUCAACGAUUAUCUACUGCAAUUGGAGGACGAUGGCAGCUAUGCCAAUUAUACCGAACAGUUGCACACGGCGCGCUCCGCCCGCAAGUUGCAGCCAAAGGUGUUGCUAAUUAAACAGCUGCUGGACGCCCAACACCACACACAACUCGAUUUGCAGCACACGAGUGUGUUGCGGAAUCUCCUCUUCCUCAACCGACUCAGCCAACAGUUGCGCAGUGCUCGGGAUGCGAGUGCCCAGGAGAUUCGACAGCUGCGCUUGCAUCGCCUCUGCCAGCAAUUUGAACGAACUCGUCCCACUGUCCAGCACUUGGAUCGCCUGAUUAAUGAUCAGACUGUAGGUGCCGCACUGCAGAAAUUGAAUCUGACACACAGCGAAUCAAGUCUGAAUCUAAAUCAGUUUGGACAGCAGCUUUAUGAGCGAGUUAAGUUGUCGGGUGCCGAAAUCAUAGACAACUAUAUGCUUAUACUGCGCGGUCUGCUAAAAGAUAUGCUGGACUCGGAGCAGAUUGAGAACACAACGCAAAUGGAGCAAAUAUUGCAACAACUCGACAGCAUGCUGGCCAUCAGCGAUUUCUUCGAGAAGCGUCAGAGUGUCUACGCAUUUCUCGAGCGUAAUCUUGCAACAGCAGAUAACGAGCAAAGGCGUCAGCGACCGUCCAAUAUUGCCGGACUGCAUUUGACCGAACAGCUGCUGGAUCAACUCAAAGCCAAAGGUCUGGAUCUGUUUGUCAUCUUUCUGUUCAGCAAUUUCGAGUUUCUCGAGCAGGUGCAUCGACAUUGGGCUGAACUGUUGCCACAGACACCCAGUUUGCUGUACGACGAGACGCAUCGCCAGCUCUAUGACAUUCAACAGCUUUACGCCAGCUUCAAACUGGACACAGAGAGCUCAGCGAAAUAUGAAGCAUACUCACAGGCGCUGCGACGCCUACACGAACGCACAGUGGAGCAGGGUGAGGAAAAUCAUCACAUAUUCGAGAUGAUCAACAAUGCGGCACAGAAUGUGGGCAGUGUCACUUUCAACAUGAUCAAGUCCAAGUGCAAGGAAAUGGUCUAAGCGAUGACUAUGAAGAAAUAAAAUAAAUUUAAUACCAAACAAAUUCAAUGAGAGUAAGAAAUACAACUAAAGAAAUAUAUCAAGUUUAAUACUAUAAAAUAAAAAUGAAAAUGAAUACAUUCUUAAUUGAA